AUGUCAUCAAAUGCCGUAAAUGAACUAGCUGAUGAACUUUCGAAAUUGAAAGCUGUUGGUAAGACUAUAUACUGUAGUAUAUCUACUAUAUUAUUACUUAAUUACUAUUAUUACAUUACUGAUAUUGAUGAUGUCACUUUUUAAUAAUCCAAAUUUAAUUUUAGACAUUCUACCGCAGAACGUGGAACGUUGGGAGGAAACAAAGGCUUUUUUGCUUCAAGUGGUCGAUGUUUUGUUAGGUUACAUAAAGGAAGAGAAUGAUCGAUCUUCAAAGAUUCUGGACUUCCAUCAUCCAGAAGACAUGAAGAAGCUCAUCGACUUGACCAUACCGGAGCAUCCAAUGCCAUUGGCCGAAUUGGUUGACGUAAGUUACUACAAAUCUUUGGGAUAACGUAAUUUAUAACAUGUUUUAGUUGUUAAAUAACUAACAUUGUACUUAUAGUCGUGCAAGAAAGUAUUGAAAUUGGGUGUGAAAACUGGUCAUCCUCGCUUUUUCAAUCAAAUAUCUUGUGGUCUGGACCUUGUUUCAAUGGCUGGAGAAUGGCUGACGGCUACUGCUAACACUAACAUGUAAGAAUGCAUUACCUAUGUUGUGUAACAUUAACUACAAUAGCUAUAACAAUGUUUUAAUUAUAGGAUUCGUCUUGUUUUUUCUACGUAAACUAUUCAAACAUUACGGUCAAUUGUAGGUUUACGUACGAGAUCUCGCCUGUAUAUAUUUUGAUGGAAAAGGAGGUAAUGCGCAAGAUGAUGGAUCUGAUUGGCUGGCCGGCUGACGUUGGGGACUGUAUCUUUACACCGGGUACGUUAUUUUUUGAAAUUCUGUCACACCAAUUAUAAAAACUACUAUAUUCGUUUAUUAUUAGCUCUAGUUGUUGAGAAAAUUGUCUUUAUAGGUGGUGCAAUUGCCAAUACCUAUGCCAUGAAUGCAGCUCGUCAUUUCUUUUGGCCCAGAGCUAAACCCCUCGGAAUGACAUCAGUACCAACUCUGUGUUGUUUUACAUCGGAAGAGGUAGGUAAUAUAACCACUAUUACCGUAUAAGAUACUAAAUACAACAAGCUUCACCAAACACAUUUUCAGAGUCACUAUUCGAUCAAAGGAGCAGCUGCCUUACUAGGUAUUGGGGUUGACAAUUGUUUUUCAAUUGAAUCUGACAGUGUCGGACGAAUGGUUCCAGAAGCCUUGGAGAAGAAGAUCAUAGAAGCUAAGAAGGAAGGUCUUCACCCAUUCUUUGUGUGUGCUACUGGAGGUACUACGGUUUAUGGAGCUUUCGAUCCUUUGAAUCAAGUGGCUGACAUUUGUGAACGCCACAAGAUCUGGUUCCAUGUUGAUGUAAGCGGUUUUUUUGGCUGAUUCCUAUUUAAUAGUCAACAAUUCGACACACAGGAUAAUAUAAUUUUUUUGUUAUUUACGCUUUUUUUCUUAAAAGGGCAUAGUACAACCGUAGUCACAACUUUUUAUUCGUUUUAUUUCUUUAAUUUUUUAAAAUUUCUAGGCAGCGUGGGGAGGUGGAUUACUGUUGAGUUCUGAACACCGCUACAAGUUGAGUGGAAUCGAAAGAGCGUACUCAGUUACAUGGAAUCCGCAUAAGCUCCUUGGAGCACUACUACAAUGUAGUGCUUGCUUUAUUCGUCAAGAUGUAGGUGUUUUACAAAGAUUGUUCUCUACCUAAAUUUAUUUGUUCACUACUCAAAUUUUAACCCUCACACACAUAACCCAUAACUCAGCACUUUACUGUACAGUAGAUACUCUCAAGCCCAAAAUAAACAAUCUCCGUUUUAGGGUCUACUUUUCCAAUGUAACCAAAUGUCAGCCGACUACCUUUUCCAACAAGACAAACCGUAUGACGUGAGCUAUGACACCGGAGACAAGGCCAUUCAAUGCGGAAGACACAACGAUAUAUUCAAGUUCUGGUUAAUGUGGAGAUCCAAGGGAAUGGAGGGCUACAGAGCCCAAAUCAACCGGUUGAUGGAGUUGUGUGCCUACUUUACCCAUCGCAUCAAGAGUACUGCCGGGUUCGAAAUGGUCGUGGAAAAGGUAAGUUGCAUAAUUCGAUACUAUGAUAUUGAUUUUGAUAAGACACGGUAGUACUCUUCUGUCACAGUACCUUUAUUACAAAAAAUUUAAGUCUCACUAUAGUUUAAAACCUCGCUUAAGGCAGACAAAUUUUACUCAAAAUUCUUGAAUUUCAGCCAGAAUUCCUAAACAUAUGCUUCUGGUAUGUUCCCCCAUCUCUCCGUUCUCUGGACAAGAAAGAGAAGAUGUUGAGAUUGGAGAAGAUCGCUCCCAAAAUCAAAGCUAAGAUGAUGGAAAGAGGCACUACCAUGGUCGGCUACCAGCCUGACAAACAAAGACCCAACUUCUUCAGAAUGAUCAUCUCCAAUCAGGCCAUCACCGAGGACGAUCUCGACUUUCUCAUAGACGAAAUCAUCGACAUUGCUAAGGAUUUGUAA